AAACAAAAUAUUGUUAAGCAGCUUCAUCCCCACUGCGUUCACGCGCGCUUUCCAGAGGCACAGAGUUGCCUCCUUCGUCCUCCUCUUGCUUUCUGUUCGCAAUCUCCCCAGAAUCUGCGAGAGGAAAGACGGGUGCAGGGUGCGCAACAGCAAAGUCUGAACGGUGUGAUACCGCGCGAACGGAGAGGAAUCCGCAGAGCGAGGAAGAAUAACGAGCCCGGAUUUUCUUUGCGCCCAGAGGAGAAACCCGCAGCAAUGAAUAAAUAAACAGGGCGGUUGUAAAACUCCGCUCGGAUCGGGCAGUCGUGACCACGGGAGACUACGCAUGUAAGAUCGCUGGCGCAUGAGAAGACCUCCAGCCGCAUAGUCGCUCUCAGAAUGCGGGCGUGAGAAGAAACAUAGGCUACUACGGCGGAGGAAUUAAAGUGCAACGGCGGCCGAGUGAACGUCUUGAGGGCCAGGGGGUGUGUGCGACUGCAGGACACCAGCAUGUCGAACCGAAAGCACCGGGACAACCAGGAAAUAUGCGCCCGCAAGGUCCGAGAGCUCGCCCAGACGGGAGUGAACAAGCACUGCUUCGAGUGCAGCCAGCCUGGGGUGACUUACAUCGACAUCACUGUGGGCUGCUUCGUAUGCACGUCGUGCUCCGGAAUGCUGAGAGGGCUCAACCCCCCCCACAGAGUUAAGUCUAUUUCCAUGACAACCUUCUCCCAACAGGAAGUGGAGUUUUUGCAAAACCAUGGCAACGAGGUUGGAAGGAGGACCUGGCUCUGCAUAUUUGACCCCAAAACAGACGGCUGUUUUGACGCACGUGACACACAGAAGCUGAAAGAGUUCUUGCAGGACAAAUAUGAGAGAAAGAAAUGGCAUUUCUCUAAGAGCAAGAUCCGCAGGGAUGCAAAUGAGUCCCCAUGGGCUCCAGGGGUUCAGGCUGUUCCAGCUCCACACGGGCCCGCUCAGAAUCAGCCUCCGCCUGGACAUCCUCUGAACCCCACUGCCCGGCCCACCCGUACACUGUCCCAGUCCCAGUUGUCAAUAUGGGACAGAGCUCCUGCUGUCUCCCCAGCUGAUAGCCGCACUGAGGUGUUCACUGCCAGGCCAACUCGCUCACAGAGCUUCAGAGAUCAUCCCAUUAAAGACACAUUGUUAAGUGGUGUGGAGAGACAGAGGCCAAGAACAAUUUCUUCUGGAAUGGGACACCAGAAUCAUCCAUCCUCCUUUCCAGCCCUUCCACGUCCUUCAGCAAGUAGCACUUUCAAAAACAGCUUUACUUUAGGUCGCACUCUGUCAACUGGGGGUGGAGCUCCAUUUAGAGCCUUCCCUAAAUCGCUGAGUUUGGAUUUUGGGGGUCUAAGCCACGCCCACAACACUCUAAGUUAUGCUGCUCCGCCCCCUGUCCCUCAGGAUAAGUAUGCAGCCUUUUCACAGCUUGAUAAAGUGUUCUCAGACAACACGCCUGUCACAGCCAUUACAACAGCUCCCUCUGAUGGACCGCCUCAGUAUAGCACCCUCUUUAGUAACCGACUAUCCUCCAGUUCCACCCCUGCAAGCUCCCCAGGUGUUCCAGAGGCCACCUCUGGAUCUCAAACGUUUGCAAAUUUCCCAAACCCCUUCAAUUCUACAACCAGUUGCGGCCAGCCCGUUCUGUCUCCCAGUAACCCCUUCAAAAGCACAGCCUCAGAUGAUGCCUCCUCCUCCUCAGUCGUCUUUCCUCAGUCUGUCUCUUUUCCUGCACCCACCACCACCCAAAGUGCUUUUUCACACCAACAGUCUAGUAACCAGGAAGCAAACGGUUUCAACUCAUUUCCUGCCCCCGAGUCUGUCCCUAAAGUCCCACGACCAAUGUCUGUCAACCCGUUUACUGGGAAUGUUUACCCGAGUAGAGGAGCAUCACUGAACCCUUUCAUCUGAACCACCUCGGCCGUGGAGAAAGAAGAGAGCGAGUGGAGCUUGUUUACUUUGCCAUACCUACAGAAAACACCCAACACUUCUGCGUGUGUCUUCAUGUAUGUUUAAAGGUGUGUG